CCCGCCCCGCCCCCGGACGGCCCGAGUCGAGCCCUCCCGCCCCGCGCUGCCGAACUUGCCGUAACUUCCUCGGCCGCCCCGGCCGCCCCGUCGCUCCGCCGCCCCGCCGCCCCGCCGCCCCGCCGCCCCGCCGCCGUCGCGCCCGGCCCUGCCUCUCGGAAGAUGCACUAUUACAGGUACUCGAAUGCCGAGGUCAGCUGCUGGUACAAGUACCUCCUGUUCAGCUACAACAUCGUCUUCUGGCUGGCUGGAGUCGUCUUCCUUGGAGUCGGGCUGUGGGCAUGGAGUGAAAAGGGCGUGCUGUCCGACCUCACCCGUGUGACCCGGCUGCAUGGCAUCGACCCAGUGGUGCUGGUCCUGAUGGUGGGCGUGGUAAUGUUCACGCUGGGCUUCGCCGGCUGUGUGGGGGCUCUGCGGGAGAACAUCUGCCUGCUCAAAUUUUUCUGCGGUGCCAUUGUGCUCAUCUUCUUCCUGGAAUUGGCUGGUGCUGUGCUGGCCUUCCUGUUUCAGGACUGGGUGAGGGACCGCUUCCGGGAGUUCUUUGAGAGCAACAUCAGGUCCUAUCGGGAUGACAUUGACCUGCAGAACCUCAUUGACUCGCUACAGAGAGCCAACCAUUGCUGCGGAGCUUAUGGUCCUGAGGACUGGGACCUCAAUGUGUACUUCAACUGCAGUGGCGCCAGCUACAGCCGUGAGAAGUGUGGGGUGCCCUUCUCCUGCUGCGUGCCGGACCCUGCGCAAAAAGUUGUGAACACACAGUGUGGAUAUGAUGUCAGGAUUCAGCUGAAGAGUAAGUGGGAUGAGUUCAUCUUCACGAAGGGCUGCAUCCCAGCGCUGGAAGGCUGGCUGCCGCGGAACAUCUACAUCGUGGCUGGUGUCUUUCUUGCCAUCUCACUCCUGCAGAUUUUUGGCAUCUUCCUGGCGAGGACCCUGAUCUCAGACAUCGAGGCGGUGAAGGCAGGUCACCACUUCUGAGGAGCCAGCGCCCCGGCUUCGGCAGCAGCACAACAUGACCAUGACCUGUCUGCUCUGCUUGCUGGUGCUGAAGGCCCAGGGCCCCCUCAACACACCUGGAACCUGGACAUCACCCAAUGGGAGAUGUAUCUCCCCAUGCAGCAGUGACUGAGAGACAGACAGGACCCUGUGGCUAUGCAGAGGGCUUCACUCAGCCCCCCUGGAGUCUGAGGACGUCACAGAUGCCCCAAUGUUCACUGCAGCCUGGGCUCACGGGCAGCCACAUCUUCCCAGGGUGGGCAGGGGGCCAAGGACAACAAGCAAGGUUCCCUGUGUCGGGUGAAGCAGGACGGGGCCUGCCCUGCUGCAGGAAGGGGUACCCAGGUGGUCCUCAGUACCCUCGGCCACAGCCAGGUGAAGCAAGCCUGAGCCAGUGCUUUGCUGGGCUCGGUAGGUAACCCCCCCCCCCCAACCCUACCCCAACCCUACACCCCCCCCCCCCCCCCCCCCCCCGCAGCAUUAAGCCCAGGGCAGCAGGGUGGGUGGGGCUGGACCUCGGGAGCAGGCUCUCCUGUGGCCAGUGUACAUAGUUAUUUAUAGCAGUAAGAGUGUCCUCACAGUGGCCUGCCUUUCCUUGGGCACCCUUCUCUCAGCAGCCUUACCUGGUGUCCCUGGAGUGUCUCAGAGCCGACCACAUGGCCUCUCCUGUCCACGCUGUUGCCCUCCUCCGUGUGCCCCACACGCUUCACCUUCCCACUUGGCCUCACUGUCUCCUGGUCUCGGUGCUACUGAUCCUGUCACCCAGAACUUGAAUCCCCACCCUCCCUCCUCUUGGAGCCUCUUGUGCACUUCUGAGAGAGGGGCACUGCCUUAGGGCCAAGCCCAAUGCCGGGAAUCUUGAGGCUUUAGUUCCUGAAUGUGGGUUAUCCAUGGUCUCUGUCUGCCCUUCCUAUCCUGGCCACCUGGGACUCGAUCUCGAACAUGCAGCUGGCCUCUGGACCAAGUGCCCCGGGCAGUGCCCGGAUGCUGUCCUUGGCUGAGCCACCCCAGUGCGUCCCCAGCCCUUCCCUCCCACCAGGGCCGCAUCACCUGCCACAGUAUACUCGUUCGUGUGGUGCACUCUGGUGUCGCCAGUAGGUGUUUAUUGAUGAUGAUGAUUCUAUAAUAUUUGUUUUCUGUUUUUUUUUUUUUUUUUUAACAAUUCUCUGUAGAUUAGAGGAAAAUGAAUGCUUGUGUUUUUAGGAAGUAUGAAGCUUCUCUCUGACUGCCAAACUCUUUUAUGGAAUAUAUCUUUAUAUUAACA